CUUCUCAAAUCCCUCGCCACUCCCACUCCAAUCUUCAUUUAAGGGAGAGUGUAUUAACUGAUUCUUCCCCUCUUUUUUUCUCCAAUUCUAUUCGUCAUGGCUCUCUCCGUCGAGAAAACCGCCGCUGGCCGUGAGUACAAGGUCAAGGACAUGUCUCAGGCCGAUUUCGGCCGACUCGAGAUUGAGUUGGCUGAAGUCGAAAUGCCCGGUCUCAUGGCCUGUAGGACCGAGUUCGGCCCUUCCCAGCCUUUCAAGGGAGCCAAGAUCACCGGUUCUCUUCACAUGACUAUCCAGACCGCCGUCCUUAUCGAAACCCUCACCGCCCUCGGAGCCGAAGUCCGUUGGUGCUCGUGCAACAUUUUCUCCACCCAAGACCACGCCGCCGCCGCAAUCGCUCGCGAUUCCGCUGCAGUUUUCGCCUGGAAAGGCGAGACUCUCCAGGAGUACUGGUGGUGUACCGAGAGAGCUCUCGAUUGGGGCCCCACCGGUGGACCUGAUCUGAUCGUUGAUGACGGUGGCGACGCUACUUUGUUGAUCCACGAAGGUGUUAAAGCUGAGGAGGUUUUCGAGAAAACCGGUCAGGUCCCGGAUCCGUCGUCGACAGACAACCCCGAGUUUCAGAUUGUUUUGACCAUUAUCAGAGAUGGAUUGAAAUCAGAUCCCAAGAAGUACAGGAGGAUGAAGGAGAGAUUGGUUGGUGUUUCUGAGGAAACAACAACUGGAGUUAAGAGGCUUUAUCAAAUGCAAGUAAAUGGAACCUUGUUGUUCCCCGCCAUUAAUGUCAAUGACUCUGUCACCAAGAGCAAGUUUGAUAACUUGUACGGUUGCCGUCACUCUCUUCCCGACGGUUUGAUGAGAGCUACCGAUGUUAUGAUUGCCGGCAAGGUUGCCGUUGUCUGUGGUUAUGGUGAUGUUGGCAAGGGUUGUGCUGCUGCCUUGAAACAAGCUGGUGCCCGUGUCAUUGUUACCGAGAUUGAUCCCAUCUGUGCCCUUCAGGCUCUUAUGGAAGGACUCCAGGUUUUGACCCUCGAAGAUGUCGUCUCUGAGGCUGAUAUCUUUGUAACCACAACCGGUAACAAGGACAUCAUCAUGGUUGAUCACAUGAGGAAGAUGAAGAACAAUGCCAUUGUUUGCAACAUUGGUCACUUUGACAACGAAAUCGAUAUGCAUGGUCUCGAGACCUAUCCUGGUGUCAAGCGCAUCACUAUCAAGCCUCAAACCGAUAGGUGGGUCUUCCCCGAAACCAAAACUGGCAUCAUUGUGUUGGCUGAAGGUCGACUGAUGAACUUGGGGUGUGCCACCGGACACCCCAGCUUCGUCAUGUCCUGCUCAUUCACCAACCAGGUGAUUGCCCAACUCGAGCUAUGGAAGGAGAAGGCAACCGGCAAAUACGAAAAGAAGGUUUAUGUUUUGCCAAAGCACCUCGACGAGAAGGUUGCUGCACUUCACCUCGGCAAGCUUGGAGCUAAGCUCACUAAGCUAUCUAAGGAUCAAGCUGACUACAUUAGUGUGCCUGUGGAAGGUCCUUACAAGCCUCCUCAUUACAGGUAUUGAGGAGAGAGUUCUUGAGAGUUUAUCAAGAGAAAGAAGAAAAUAUAUCCGGCCUGUUUGAUUGUUUCUUGUUUAAUGAAAUUUCUUAAUGGUUAAGUUUUGAUUAUUUAGGGUUUUUUGUGUGUGUUUGGGUGUUGGGAAAGUUUUUGUAUGGGAAAAUAAUGUGGGAUUUGGUCAUCUUCUUAGAAGAUGACUGACUGGGCUUGAAUAAGGUAACGGUGGAUGUGUGAAGAAGAUUAUAUUAUAUUUGCUAUUAAUGCA